AUUCAGUAUUACUUAGUAAACAUCAAUUUGGAAAAGGUCAAGAGAUGGUGAAGGAAAUAUAUAUAUAUAUAGCACCAACGCUUUUUAUUUUAAGAAGAGACCGCCACACCCAUACAUAUAGAUCCGCACAGACAUGGAGGAGAUAUCAGAGACGGCUAAGGCUUACUAUGCAAACUUGUCAGGCAAACAGAAGCGAUUGACAACCGAUACUUUCCAAGCAAUUGAUGCAAACGGAGAUGGGAAAAUUAGUUUCAACGAAUAUGCGCAAUACCUUAAGCAGAAGGGCUUUAAAAUACUUUCUUCUCCUGACUUCUUUAGAAAGCUAGACAAGGACGGUAAUGGCGCCUUGGAUUUCGAUGAAUUUAUCACUGUGCACUACAUAUGCUCGAGCAAAAGAGUUUACUUUUGCGAUGAGUGCAGAGUCUUUCUUGAUGGAGUGUACUUUACUUGUGUUCAAUGCUUCAAUGGUCCUGGUAAUACCUAUGAUCUUUGUUGUGCUUGUUAUCGAGAUAAAGAUGUGAAUCAUCACAAGGAUGCUUUGUUUCUUGAUAAUUAUACUUUGCUACAAGCUAAGAGGCAGCAAAAUAAGGAUCAGGUAAAUAACCUUAGUUUGAGAUUGAAUGUAUAUGACCUUCUUGUAAUUAGCUAAACAAGCUCUCUAUUGUAUCAUUUUUUUUCCCUCAGGACAAAAAUGAAGGUGCUUCAGAGGCUUUUAAACUUGCAACCGCUGGUAUUGAAACUACAUCCAACGUUGUCAGCUUAUGCAGCCAAAUGUAACCCAGCAGGCAACAGCCUUGCAUAUACAAACCUUUUCCUUCUGCCAGCAGCU